GUGCGGGUGGGUUCGGCACCGCGGUCCGAGCCGCGGGGCCGGGGCGGAGACCGGCCCGGGACGGCGGCUGCUGACGGCUGCUAAGCCUCGGCCGCCACAGGGGCAGGGUGGGCAUCUCCCUGCCUUGCCGCGGGGUGGAGGGGGGGGCUGUGCAGCUGAUGUGGGCUGUAGAGUCCCCAAACGCGGAUUCGUCCCGCUGCAGCCACACCACCGAGCCUGCCCCCCCAGCUCCGCCCGACAGCCUCCUCCGCGACAGCCCCCGCGCUCCUUCCAGCCUCUGCAGCAGCCUCGGCUCCGGCUCCCUCCCGCCCGACAGCCUCCAAGCCCUCCCUUGCCUCGGCAGCCCCUGCGAGUCGCCCAGCAUCCAGUGUGACAGCCUGGAGUGUCCCUGCUGCUGCAGGAGCCUGGGGUCAGUCGGUGUCUGCGAGGACAGCCUGCAGCCCCCUCUCCCGCUCUGUAACUGCCGAGCACGCUUCGGGGCAUCCAGUGACCUCUCCGACAGCCUGGAGUCCUUCAGUGUACAGCACGACAGCCUCCAGUCAGUCUCCAGCCUGUGUGAGAGCUUCACGUCUUCCAGCAUCACGGGCGAUAGCCUUGAAUCCCUUUCCAGCCUGAGCAUCGGGUCCACCAGCCAGCAGAACAGCCUCGAGUUUACCAGCCACUGAAACUGCCUUCAUCUCCCCAUAACACACAAUAACAUCUAGUUCACUUCCAGGUUCUUUCAGCAGUCUUUGUUCCAGUUGAUUCUUGCUGUAUCCCGUGCAAUAACCUCAAAUACUGCCUGUGCUUCACUCUGAUUUUUCUGUCCUCUGUUAAGAACAGAGGUACGUUACGUGGUUCUCGGAGGUAUCCCAGUUACCUCUAUCAUCUCUAUCACAACAUGCUACGGGCUGAAGAAGCACCAGGGCGAAGGCAUCAGCAGACUCCAGAAGUCCAUACAAGUACCAGCAUGGCUCCUCAGAGCAGUACCCCAGCCAAGGGGGGGCCUCAGCCAAAUAAGCCCCAGAACAGCACUUUCUCCGGCUGUGACCCGGCGUUGCGGCCUAUCAUACGCCGCCGAGCAAGAUCUUUGCCUACCUCUCCCGAAAGAAGGAAGCAAGCAGCAGUGCAGUGUCAAGUUCCUGGAUGCCAGGGUCGUAUGAACCGGGUGAGAUUUGCUGAUGCAUUGGGUUUAGAGCUCACUGAAGUCAAAGUCUUCCAGACUGGGGAGGAUCCAUCAAUCCCCUUGCAUGUGCUUUCCAGGCUCUCCAUAAACUCAGCCCUCUGGUACAGCAGCUGGGACUUGGAGUUUAACAUCCAGUGCUUGAUUCCUGACUUCCAGCAACCUGUAGACUGUAAAGAUUUCUCCUCCCGACUCCAGGAGCAGCAGGUUUGUCUGGAACGAGUGACCAGCUCAGAUUUAGGGCUCAAUGGCACCAUCCAGGUUUGCAAUGUUGCUUUUGAGAAGCAGGUAUCUGUGCGAUACACCUUCAACCAGUGGAAAAGCCUCCAUGAAGUGUGUGCUCAUUGGCAGAGUAGCAUUCCUGCUAAAAAGGGGCAGGGCCAGGUUGAUGUUUUCACUUUCUUUCUCCCUGUGCCUCCAUUCCUCCUUCAGUUGUCCUCUGUAGUCCAGUUUGCAGCAAGGUACCAAGUCAAUGGCCGGGAGUAUUGGGAUAACAACAGAGGCCAAAACUACAGUCUUACCUGCCGGAGUCACCCCCUUAAGAUGCCUAGAGAAUGUGAGGAGAGCUGGAUUCACUUCAUCUGAAUGAAGAAAGUGGAUGCAGGUCAGCUUGUUGGCAGUCUUGGCACUCUCUUCCUAGGCAUUGCUCUUUGCUCCUAUGUCAACGGUCUCCUUUUUGAAACCUGCCAAAGUGUUCCAGGGUAGAGGAGUAGCCAGUGAUCUGAACAAACUGUUCUAAACCUUUCAAAAGAGUAUCGAGUUAAAUUCACUGAAAGCCUGCAUGACAGAAUGGUUCCGGGGAAUGCUGUCAGACUACCAAAGAGCAAAACGAGACACUUCAAGUUGCUAGUAAUGCUCUAGAUUGCACAGAAUAAUACUAAUUGAACUAUUUUACUAUUUUGUACUCUCUGUUUUCUAAGUGGGCAGUGUGGUCUUACUGGUUUUGUUUCUAAUUUUGUUUAUAUUAUCUCACCAAGUCUGGGCACUAUUCCAUUUGUGCAUAAUUUGGAUAGCAGACACUGUAGGAAAGCACUUCUAUCUUUAUAUAUUAUUAAUACUCUAACCACGUUAAGUAUUUCUGUUAAUAUUUGCACUGGAAAUUAAAUGUCCCAUCAGCCCUCUAUUUACCUUUUAAAGGUGCCUUUUUUACCUCCAGUCAAGAAGUGGGUGUGAUAUAUUAUUAAAAGAUAUAGUAUAUAUUAGUAUAUAAUAAAUAUAUUAAAAAUAGAAUACCAUGUCAGAACUUUGAAACCUGCCUCCCUGUUACCCAGUGUCCCAUUACUAUUGCAAUAGUACCUUUGAAUUCUUUAGUUAGCUACUUCUCAUUAUAAAGUAGUUGGACUCCACAACUGCAUUUUUUGCAACACAAAAACCUUCAAAGCAAAUGAUUAUUUUACUGGUAAACAGCUAGCUACAUGGACCCAUAACACAAUCCUUGCUCAAGUAGGAGGGGCCAGUAAACAUGCAGUCUUCUCAUGUUUCUUUGUUGCUUACUUUCAUUCUAGGGAUUUAGUAUGGUUUAAGAUUUGCAACAGGUUUAAAUCUGGUUUGUAAAAGAUUGCUCAUUAUUUUUCCAUAGAUGUUCAUAAUUGCAUGGAAAGUUCAGCUUUGUAAGUGUAGCAUAAGUUUUGAUAACUGACUGGCUGGUUGUAUUAGAAGAGCUGUUUUUUAGGACUGUACUGUGAAAAUCAGGCCACUUAUUCAGGCAUCUUAUUUUGGAUUGCUGCUUACUCAUCAAAACUGCAGUUUCUUUUUUAAAAUCACCAUUGUAAGGAACCCACAGCCAAGUAUAUAUUAAUCCAAAUAGUUUACUGAGUAAUUAUGGAAGUGCAGAAACCCUAAGUGUUGUCUUGCACUGGUGGAGAAGAACUGACAGUGGCUGUUACUAAACCAGUUAUCUGGCAUUGCUGACUGUGACUUGAGCAAACCUACCUUAUAACUAAUGGAGAGUGAUCUCUGUGUUAAGCUGCUAAACAUUCACAGCUGCCUGUCACAUGAAAUUUGUACUUAAGUCUUCCUGUCAUGUUCAGUAAUCAAUAUCAAAAGGCUUCUAGCUGACAAAAAAAAAAGGGAUUAAGCCAUUAGGAAGUGCUAAUACACACGUGCUGUGAAGGUAAAUUUAUGACCACCUUUAUAAAUUCUCAGGACAUCUUGACUGCUUGCACUGUGUUCAAAUCAAACAUUUUCUUUAUAAUGAGGAAUUUGCAAAAGCAAAUUCUUCCAAGGGUUAUUGUCAUUCAAUGCACUUUUUAAAAACCUGUAUUAUAAUCAUAGAAUAAAUUAAUGUCUAGAAGUCCACAGUUCCAAGGUUUUUUCAAGCAUGUUUGUCAAAUGUUAGGAAUCCUUGUAAAUGCAAAGAGAUUGUCUUUCCUGAGUAUAGUCUUGUCCAAAAUAAAGUACAUUGCACAGUAUAGCAGUAAAGCACGUAUGCUAGACAGAAGGUCAUUUUGUUUUACUGGAAAGCUUUACAAUUUCUAAGCUCUUGAUUACUUUCAAAAAUUAUAGCUAUUGUAAUAAAAGAUUGUAAUAAAAGCUUUUCACAUUUUAA